ACCCCUCGCCUCAAACAUUGGGGGAGGCACCGGUCCAGCAUCCCCGCCCACCAGCAACACCCGGGCUUUGUGGCUGACCGUCGGCGGGUAUAAAAGCGCGCCUGCGGUCCUCAUCCCACACAGUUCAACCAACUCCGAACCAUCGCUCCUCCGCAAGGACUUUCCCAAACCGGCGUGAUCAUGAAGUCCAUGUUCCUCGUCGCUCUGGUGGCAGCCGUUGUUGCAGCGGUCAGUGCCGGCUACCUCGGCCACUACGGUGGAUAUGGCGGAUACGGUGGCGGCUAUGGCGGAUACGGUGGUGGCUACGGCGGAUACGGAGGCUAUGGUGGAUAUGGAGGCUACGGUGGACACGGCGGUUACGGUGGAUACGGUGGUUACGGAGGCCACGGAGGCUAUGGCGGAUACGGAGGCUACGGUGGCUAUGGCGGUGGUUAUGGCGGCUAUGGCCACGGAUGGUGGUAGUCCACUACACAAAAGAAGAGAGCGAGAAGAGUGUUGUCGGUUGUAAAUAAAUUUUUUAACAAAUAA